UGCCUCGACGCACACCAAAACAAAGCCAGAGAUGAACGCUAACACGCAGGUCCUCGAGCUGCAUGUGGAGGCCAGACAAGUGGAUGAAGCAGUUUUAAGUCUGUUUCACACACUUCUGUUUCACCGAUCCACAGGAAAAUUUCACUACAAAAAUGAUGACACAUAUGCUGUUGGUACCAUUGGUUUUCAAGAUGUGGACUGCGAUUUCAUUGAUUUUACUUACGUACGUUGUUCAUCAGAGGAACUGGACAAAUGCAUCCGCCGUGAAGUGAGUGGCUUCUGUGAAGCCAUCCGGGCACCUGAUGCUCCAUCCAGUGGUCAGGUUGCCUUAGAAUUUUACCAACGAAAACGUGGAAGAUGGCCGUUUGCAUCAGAAAGUAUUCCCUGGGAAGUGUGGACAUUAAGGGUGAAUGUAGUCUCUUUAAGCAAUGAACAUGAGCGGCAAAUCUGGCGUGAAAAAGUUGGAGAAUCACUUGGAGAAAGACUAUUACACAUAACUGACACAUUGAAUCGGCAUGACUACAUUCCCUCUCCUCCAAAUCAGGCAGAAAUUGAUUUUAUAUAUGACACAUCUUUCCCAGAUGUCCAACCUUUCCUCUUCAAGGUAAACUACAGUGUGUCGGCUCCCAGUAAUCCAUCGGCAACAACCACCUUCAAGAAGCUAAUAAGAGACACUUUAGCGCUAUAACAUUGGCUGUAUGUUAGGUUACUACAACUUUCGUCCUAUGCUGCUAGCACCAGACUCUUCGUUGAGGAGGGUUUGGUUGCAUUGGUAUUCAGAGGUUAUGAAGUGUGGCAAGGCCCCAAGAUGCUUUGGAGUACGAUCUUGCAAGGAAGUUGGACGUCCAUUAUGAAGUCAGUAUUGAGAUCUGAUGGCACAACAUCAGUCUUGCUUCUUUUCGAGUUCAUGAGAAUCAUAAAUUUUUGCAUCAGAAUUAGAUCAAAUGGUUUAUACACAAAUACAUAUAUAAUAUUGUCUGAUGCAUUGACUAGUUAGAUUCUAGUUAACUGAAUUUUGAAUAACUAGGGGUCAAUUAUUUUUUGGUUCAGUGAUCUGUGAAAAAUAUAGUGAUAUAUUUAGGUGCCAAUAUUUUUCGCAGAGCUAAUUUUCUAAAUGUAUCACUUGUAAUAAUGAUGGUAUUCCCAAAUGCUGCAGUAGUUGCAGAUUACCUAUUUGCUUAUAGAUCUUUAUGCUAAAAUCAACAAAGUAUUGUAAGUUAUUGUACCUACUGAUUUCUCCACUUGGCAGUAAUUGCAUUUUCACCUGUCACAAAAUAGACUAUAGUUUAGCCAUAAAUAUUAACAUACCACAUUCAUCAUAACCAUUUUGGGGGAAGGGGGGGGGGGAGGGCUUGAAUUAUUGUGUGGAAGUGCGUACUGUGGCACAUGUUUGGAAGCCACAGUGACUGAAUGCUUUUAUUACAUGCCUUAUUGACAAAGGCAUGUGCUGAAAUGAUCUAUAUUUUAAAUAUAAGUAUAACUAAAUUUCUAAAAAAGUUUACUAUGAGGGAUUAUAAGCUAUUGAGAAUGGGUUAGUCAAUGAGACCCUCCUCUUAAGAGUUUUAUAUAACCAUAUCCUUAGCCAUGCUGCUUUCUUACAAAAAGUUCAGUGGUAGACUUCCAUUACAUUUUUGCUCCAUACAUGAUUAUCUAAAAGUUCAUUUGAGACUUGCCAAUAGUUAUGCAAGGUUCACGUGUUUAAUGAUUGGCACAGCCCUCAUACAGACUUUUGUAAAGUUAAAAAGCAGGGAUAGCCUUGAAUGGCAUAAAUAUUAUCACUUGAGGACCACAAUGUUUCCAGUAGAACUAUGUUGCUGCUUAUUAUUUAUGUUUACUGAUGGAAAAAGAAAUGCCUCUGAAUGAAUAAUUAAAAAAAUAAUUAGUUGUUUUACUACAAAAUGGCACUUAUUAUACUUUGCAAACAACAACUUGCUAAGUUACAAAUAUAAUCAGCUUGUUUAUUGUUUAUUUUAACCUAAAACAAAAUAUGUUUUUUCCGAGUUUUGUAAAAUCUUUAAUUUCAUUUAAUACUGUCUAGUUAAUAUUUAUGGAUGCCAUGAUAACUAUAUAAUUUAGUAAUAUAAUUUUUAUAUACUUUUACAAAUGCACUUGAUAUUUGUACAGUUUAAAGCAAUGCUUCUUUGAUUUUUAAAUGUCGUAUAUGUUCUUGCAUGACACUCGCAUGCAAUAGUUGCCAGACAAGCUUUAAAAAAACUGUAACUGGAUUUUUGAAAUUCGUGAAUUUCUCUUUGAAUCAUUUACUCGUGUGCCAAAGGGGUCCUGUUAAAUGUCACUAGGAUCAUACAUAUCUAUUUUCUAAUUUUGGUUCAGAGGGAAUCAUAGUUCAGCUUGAAACAUUUUGGUUUGCAGGUUAAAAUUUAUUAUGCAAGAAAAGUCUUGUUGACUUUUUGCUGAAUAAUUUGUCCACGAGACUAUUCAGAAACUUUAAUGUAUCUUUCAUAAUUGUAUAAUGUUGUUAUAUAUAUAUUUCAAGUCAUAGAAAUAUUAGAGAGUCUGUGAGAAUGCUAUUAAUCAUUUAUGUAUGAUUAUAAUUUAUUAAUAAUCACAAGACGUGUGUCUGGAAAGGUGAACUCAUUACUCAGUGUGUCUGAGAAACUUUUCCUCAUCACUCGUUAAGAUUUUAUUUUCUUGUAAACAAUGCUGUUACCUAUAAAACGUGAAAAAGGCGCUCUGUGCCUGCAAUGGAAAUAAAUAUUUUUGUAAAGGCAAAAA